AUGGGCAGUUUGAUUGUAAUUUUGGCUUCAUCUGUUAGUAUUGAUGACUUCAUUGUUGAUUGUUUGAUCGUCGGUAGUUCGUCGGUAGUUUCGGUAGCUUUAUUGCUGGUUCCACUGGUGAAAGUUAUUCAAGAAAAUAUUCAUGUCAUUAAAUUUGAAUUCAUUGAAGAAGCUCUUCAUGCGGUUUACGAAGAUUUGUGA